GUUUAUUGUCAGCCAGAUCGCGGUGGCGUGAACAUCGCAAGUGCCAGCCGAAGAUUGUUAAACUAGAAACUAGAAACCAGAGAACUCUCGGAUUUACGUGUGUGUGCCACAGUGUGUGAUUUUCCUGGGAUUUCCCGCGUUCGGUGGCCGUUAUAAAAAAAAAAAAAAACUAAAUUGGCAACCUUCCCAGACAACUGCCGGAAAUGCGAAAGUGAAAGCGGUCGGCCAAGAAGAACGGACAGCAAAUCACCAGAGACCCGAGAAUAUAGUAUGUCAUCCACGCUGAAGACCAGCCAAAGUGGCGGCAUGUACGUCAAGACGUCGGAGAUUUCGGGCAAGGAGGCGGGCAGCUGCUACGGCGGAUUCAUGUCGCCCCCGCUGAGUGCCAAUAUUACGGCAAAUAACAGGGAGAGGGACAUUUUCCGGGUGCCGGCGAAGGUGGAAGCCGGUGGUCAUAGCAACUUUGCCACGGAGGAAAUGCAGUUUCCCGACUUUUCACAUCUCUGCUUUGCCGCCGAGACGCCGAACUCGGUUUUCGGUGACUGCCAUCACACUUAUGCCGGGCAGGAUCAGCAGCAGGACUCGGAUCAGGAUGAUAUAGUCUGCGCUGCGGCGGGAAAUACAGGCAUGCCUUACCAGCAGGGACAGUACACUCAGCUCAAUCGCGAGGACAUCUUUCGCUUCGAACCGGAGGACAUAGCCCGGCUGACUGGAGAAUCGGAGCUGCCCGGGUUACUACAACCACCUCAAACACCAUAUACCCCGUACACCCCCUACACACCCUAUACGCCCUGCAGCGCCCAAAACAGCCAACUUCCCGUGCAGGCGACAAAUGACUCUAUUAAUCUGGAUAUUGAUUACUUUAAUUAUGACGAGAUUAAUUGCCAAUCGAAAAACCAAUCACCGUGCUCAUCACCGCACCUCGAUGCCUGGCUGAACUUCAAUCUUGGCGAGAUUUCAGCAGCCGCAUCAUCGAGUGCCGCCUCGCCAAAGUUGGGCAAUGUGUUCGAGGAGCCAGGAGUCAAGGAGGAGGCCUCGCCCACGAAACUUCCGUCGAUGAACUCGACCUUCGGCACCCCCAAAUGCAUUCCCAUGUGCGCCAGCAACUACGAUGACUACGCCAAUCUCUACCAGGGAUCAGGGUAUGCGUCGGAGAACUACCAGAACAACAUGGCCCAGGCCAUUGAGAAGCCGAAUCGGGAGCACAAGGCCAUCUGGACCAUCGAUGAACUGGAUGAACUGAUGCUGGGCGAGCAACAGCAAUUCUAUCAGCACCAGUUGCAGCAGCAGCAGGAGUUGCAUCAACUGCAACAACAACAGCAGCAGGAACUGCAGCGGGAACAGGAGCAGCAAUCCCAGAGUUGCAAAUCCGAUAUGGUUAACUAUUUGGCAGAUGACCUUAUCAAGGCCGAAGAAUUCCGGAACUUGGACAGUGAGGAUGAUGAGAACUACAACGAGGAUGAGGAGGACUUGGACAACGAAGUGUUUGCCCCGUCGGCGGAGUGCAACAACAAGCUGGAUUCAGCCUGUUGCGAUCCGGAGGCGGAAGCUGAGAGCGAGGCUAUCCCACUCAUCUGCCGCUGGACGGGAUGCGAUGAGGAGUUCCCCCACCAGCAGGCCUUCGUGGAGCACAUCGAAAAGUGUCAUGUGGAUGUGCGAAAGGGAGAAGACUUCUCCUGCUUUUGGCUUGAUUGUCCCAGACGGUAUAAGCCCUUCAAUGCCCGCUACAAGCUGCUCAUCCACAUGCGAGUCCACAGCGGCGAGAAACCCAACAAAUGUCCGUUCCCUGGCUGCAAUAAAGCAUUCUCGCGUUUGGAAAAUUUGAAAAUUCAUCAGCGCUCGCACACGGGCGAGCGGCCUUAUGGCUGCCAGUAUAAAGGUUGCCUCAAAGCGUUCAGCAAUAGCUCGGAUCGGGCGAAACAUCAAAGGACCCACUACGACACGAAACCGUAUGCCUGCCAGCUGCCCGGCUGCACGAAGCGCUACACGGAUCCCUCCAGCCUUCGCAAACAUGUCAAGAACCACGCGCUGCGCAACGCCAACGGACAGCUGCGGCGCAAAUCUGCCGGUGGCGCCUCCAUUCCACCAGCCGUAGGUCAAAAGAAGGCGGCCAAAACCCGCCGCCACUCCGAGUCGACCCUGGUGCAAGGGGGCGUGGCAGGUGCCGCGGGGGAUCAACGCCAGCACCGCAGCAAUAGUUGCAGCGAGGCAUUGCUGCUGCAGCCCGAAAACGACAGGACAGACCGCAACAAUUGCGGCAAUGGCGACGGCACCGGUGUUGCAGCUAAUAACAAUUCAAUGAACUUUAAUGAGUUGUCAAAUUGCAUUGUCAUCAUUGAGCACAAUCAGAAUGGAGGUCCUGCAGGAGCGACCGCAACGGGAACAUAUGGCAACGGCAAUGGUGCCGCACCGGAAACGGAUGCGCUGAGCGUUUGCAGCGGCAGCAGCAACAACAAUAAUCAUUACAAUGGAAAUAUUAAUCAAUUAAGCGAACUCGAGCAAUUGCUGACAGCGGCGAAGCCUUCAGCUCCGCCAGCUGCUAAUGGAAUUGGCCAGGCCAACAAUAACCAGGCCAAUGGCGACAGCAAAUGCCAUUUGAGUGAGUUUGUGUCGUUCGAGUACGUGACUAAGUAUCUAGCGGAUGUCUACGAACCGCCUGCCAAAAGCCCGCCCCCGGCUAAUUUCCAUUUGCAGUCUGAGUUCGACAACAACUACGACAUGCUGGACUUCGCCCAGUUCAUUUGAUUAAGGCUAGCUUAAACUAUAGAUUUGACAAGAGCCCACCUGGAAAAGUCAGCAAUUCAAUGUCCAAAGAUCUCAGUGCCUGAGCCCUUAUUAGAAUGCCUACCAUUAGUAAGACACCACCUCUGUAAAUACUAAAGAUAAGUAGUAGACUAAGCUUGAAACACGCCACAAAGAAACGUUCCUGAAUUUCAUUAUAAUCCAGUGAUUAGCCGCGUCUUCCCACCCACUUCCUAAAAAUAAAUUUAACUAGAAUACUCUCGUUUAAGGACUAUCUGUAAUUGCCUUGUUAAAGUUUGUCAACAAACGCAUUGACCAAAAUAAAUAAUUUAAUUUGCAAUCUUUUUUCUUACAAACUGCAUUUGAAUAUUUAAUUUUAUUUGAAUGUUCAUUUUAAUUACUUGGCGAAACAUGCAAAACAUAUAUGAAUUAGAAAAGAGGAUUAAAAAAAUGGCGAACAAAGUUAAUAAAUUGGACAAAUAAAGAUUUAUAUGUUGCAUAAUAAAAGAGACAGUUUUGUAAGUGUGAUCUUACUUGCUAUUAACAUUUUA